CUCCCCAGCUCAUGCACGUCGGCACAUACCCCACCAGAGUAGACGAGACGAGCGGUGGGGCCUGAUUAUUAUUAUCAUUCGGCAAUCCGCGUCCGUGUCCUCAAGGAGGAAUCUAGUGCAAAGAUAAAGAUAACAGGGAAGUCACAAGUGCAAUAUACAGUGCUCGCUCGGGUUGGAUGGCAAUCCUUAGCCGUCGCACGACGUCGUCUGUCUGUCUCUGAUGUUCUGAACAGGCGGUUUCCAGCCGACGCUUGAAGCUCGGUGUGACGAGUUAACUGGCAAUGUUUGUACUGGAAUCGUGCGAUGGUUGGUUGGUGAUGGUAUGGUACCAAUGGUACUGCCCGUUUGCCACACUUGUUUGCUUUGUUUUGGAUCCGCCGGAAACACCCAACCCACCCCACGGGCCACCCACGGACCACCCAGGACCACCCACGGGACCCGACGUUGGCAGGCGAGGUGAGGCCAGGCGAGGCGAGGCGAGGUGGGGUGCAAAGCAGUCUAUAAUCUGCCACGCAUCAUUCCGUGGCUCGGGAAUCGGGUCUGCCGCGCGUACCGUACCGUACCACUCGGAGCUCGCAGCUGCAAACAUCUCCAUCGUCCAACGGGCGUGGCGGCGGUCUUCCAGCCAGCCAAGCGCAACAUGGCGAGGAAUUCGGCUCAAUGACAAUGAGACUGCUGUAAUAACCUCCAUCGCAACCUAUACUCCUUCCCCAAAAGUAGGCAACCCCCACGAUGGGAACAUCUUCUCGGAGAAGUGGGUGGAGGACGCACUGAGCAUCGAACGCCAACACGUCGAUCCUCCGAUAGCAGCUCAUUGGGCAACCGCUGAUACUCGGGAGGGAACGGCGCACGGAAGGACUCGUCACUCGGUCAAGUCGACCAAGCGGAUCGGCACUCGGUGCGGAGGAGCCGUACGCGGCCUGGAUGAGGAACCUACGGUCCUACGGCGGACGGACGGGCAUCCAGGUGCCGAGUUCUGCGCCGCGCCCUCGCCUACAUACAUGAUACAUCCUUAUCCGUGGAACAAGUUACGGCAGGCAUAA